AUGUUCCUGCAUCGAAGCGUUGUUCUUGUUGCCCUACUCAAGAGCUGUUCUUGCAUCCAACCAGAAGCUCCCUCGCCGAAAGCUGCACCCCUGCGUGAGCUACCAUGGGCGCAGCUCAACUUCCUGCAUACUACCGAUGUUCACGGCUGGUGGGGUGGCCAUCUCCAAGAAGCUUCGUAUUCAGCUGAUUGGGGCGACUAUGUCUCGUUUGCCAAACACUUGCGCGAUAGAGCUGAUGCAGAUGGCACCGACCUUCUGAUUGUCGAUACUGGAGAUCGUGUUGAAGGCAACGCCAUUUAUGAUUCUUCCAAGCCGCGAGGAAAGUUCACCUAUGAAAUUGCCAAGGAGCAGCAUAUCGAUCUGAUCAGCUCCGGUAACCAUGAGUUAUACAAAGCCGAUACUGCUGAGGGAGAGUAUAUCCACACUGUUCCCGACUUCAAAGGGAGCUACCUAGCCUCCAACCUGGACAUCAUACAUCCCAAAACAGGGAAGCUGGUUCCGCUUGCACCGCGUUACAAGAAGUUUAACACAAAGAAUCAGGGUAUUCGUAUCCUGGCCUUCGGAUUCAUCUUCGACUUCACUGGAAAUGCGAAUAAUACCGUCGUUCAAAGAGUGGAGGACACCGUUAAAGAGGAGUGGUUUAUGGAGGCGAUUAGAGACAAGGAGGUCGAUCUGAUCGUCGUAUUUGGUCAUGUCGACAUCCGCUCUGAAGAGUAUAAAGUGCUCUACAAGACUAUUCGCUCUGCGCACUGGGAUACGCCGAUCCAAUUCUUCGGUGGCCACUCGCACAUUCGGGACUACAAGAUCUUCGACAGCGGCUCUGUAGCUCUCGAGAGUGGUCGCUACAUGGAGACAUUAGGCUUCAUGUCCAUCGACGGACUCAACGCUGGCGGUUCAAAAGAUGAAGGCGCUGCAACUCAGAAGGCAAAGCUCACCUUCUCUCGGCGCUACAUCGAUAACAACCUCUUCUCCAUGCAGCACCACAGCGGCAAAGACGAAAAGUCUUUUCCCACCGAGCACGGUCUUAAAGUCUCCAAAGCUAUCGGCAACGCCCGCAAAUCCCUGGACCUCACCCACAAGUAUGGCUGUGCUCCCCACGACUACUGGGUCAACCGCCGCCCAUACCCUCACAAUCAGAGCAUCUUCACCCUGAUCGAAGAGCAAAUGAUCCCCGACACAGUCUCCAAAUCCGACCGCAUCAAAGCCGGAGGCAAAGCACUCCUAAUUACCAACACCGGCGCCAUCCGCUUUGACAUCUUCAAAGGCGCCUUCACAAAAGACACAAAAUUCCUUGUCUCGCCCUUCACGUCUGCGUUCCGCUACAUCCCUGAUCUGCCGUACAAAGCCGCCAGCCAAGUCAUCAAGCUGCUCAACAACGAAGGUCCGAUCAUGCUGGAAAUGAUGGACCAGAACACAUUCCUCCAGCCGCCAGAAAUCCACGCCGCGCGAUUCCGCCCACACAUCCUGUCCUCAAGCCCCAGCUCCUUCGCGCCCCAAUCCCACGGUCAAAACAUCCUCAAGCCCUCCUCGGACCCCUCAACAUUCCCCGGCUACACGACCAAGGACGACGCCGGCACCGACGGCGACGACACAAUCCACUCGCAAAUCGAAUUCUUCAACGUCCCCAAUUGCAUCCAGUCGGCUAUUGGGUUCGACGCCGAGCAUGAGCCGCAAACGGUCGAUCUCAUGUACAAUGAAUUUAUCCAGAAGUGGGUGUUGUUGGCGCUGGAGUAUGUGGGAGAGAAGUAUGGGAUUGAGGAUACGACGAGUUGGGAUGGGGGGAAGAGUUUCACGGAUGUCAUGACGGAGUGGGUGGAGGGGCAUUGGAAGGGAGAGUGUUAG